UCAGAAGGCUCUUCGCCUCAGCGAGUCCGGAGCGCCGCGCCCCAGUGUGAGACGCGUACGGAGAGAAACAGACGGUUGCAGAAAGAAACAGUGAAAACAAACCCGUUACCGGAGAAAAGCUACAAGUUCUCCGCCUGUCCCUCGAGUCGCUGUCCAUUCCUGCAGCACAUUUAGACCCAGAUAAGCGUGUGCAAUGAACGGAGACUCAGGUGCAGGGGUGGUGACAGCACCCCCGCCCACCAACCCCCCUCACAAGGAGCGUUAUUUCGACCGUGUGGACGAGAGCAGCCCAGAGUACCAACGAGAGAGGAACAUGGCUCCAGACCUCCGACAGGACUUUAACAUGAUGGAGCAGAAGAAGAGAGUCUCCAUGAUUCUACAGAGUCCAGCAUUCUGUGAUGAGCUGGAGUCUCUGAUUCAGGAUCAGAUGAAAAAGGGUAAAAACCCCACUAGUCUGCUCGCCCUGCAGCAGAUCGCUGACUUCAUGACUACCAGUGUCCCCACCAUGUACCCUGCCGCACCACAGGGAGGCAUGGCAGCCCUCAACAUGAGUUUGGGGAUGGUGACUCCAGUGAAUGACCUCAGAGGUUCAGACUCCAUCGCCUACGAGAAGGGAGAGAAGCUGCUGCGCUGUAAACUUGCCGCGUUUUACCGUCUCGCUGACCUUUUCGGCUGGUCUCAACUCAUUUACAACCACCUGACUGUCAGGCUGAACUCUGAACAAGAACGCUUUCUGAUUGUACCUUUUGGGCUUCUGUUCAGUGAAGUCACCGCCUCUAGUCUGGUGAAGAUUAACCUUCAGGGGGAGAUUGUAGACCGAGGCAGCACUAAUCUGGGCGUGAAUCAGGCCGGCUUCACCCUUCACUCUUCCAUCUACGCUGCCCGCCCUGACAUCAAGUGCAUUGUGCACAUUCACACGCCCGCUGGCGCAGCGGUGUCUGCGAUGAAGUGUGGUCUGCUGCCCAUCUCUCCUGAGGCUCUGGCACUGGGGGAGGUGGCAUACCACGAUUACCACGGUAUCUUUGUGGACGAGGAGGAGAACAUCCUCAUACAGAAGAACCUGGGUCCCAAAAGCAAGGUGCUGAUUCUGCGGAAUCACGGUCUGGUGUCUGUUGGAGAGACAGUCGAAGAAGCUUUUUACUACAUUCACAAUCUGGUCACAGCCUGUGAGAUUCAGGUGCGCACUCUCGCCAGCUCCGGCGGACCUGACAACCUGGUGAUGUUGGACCCGGGGAAGUAUAAAUCUCGCCCACAUCACCUUGAGCCAGCUGGAGACGGGUCGAGCCCGCACCCAAAGUGGCAGAUUGGGGAGCAGGAGUUUGAGGCCUUGAUGAGGAUGCUGGAUAAUCUGGGCUACAGGACUGGUUAUCCAUAUCGUUGUCCGGCGCUGCGUGAUAAAGCUAAAAAGUACAGUGAUGUUGAGAUCCCCCCAUCAGCCACGGGCUACUCGUACACUGAGGACAGUGACUCGGGUGCGCGCUCCCCGUUAAAGCACAGCUUUCAGCGGCAACAGCGGGACAAGACCCGCUGGCUAGCCUCCGGGCGGCCCGACGAAUCGGCAGAGGAGGGGCAGGAUGGCAGCGGUAGCCCCAAGGCGAAGACUAAGGUGUGGACGAACAUAACACACGAUCACGUGAAACCCUUGCUGCAGUCUCUCUCGUCCGGUGUCUGCGUGCCAAGCUGUAUUACCAACUGCUUGUGGACAAAGGAGGACAGUCUCCGACAAGGUGCUGUGGCCAAUCAGUUUGUCCCGAUGAACACCAACCCCAAAGAGGUCCAAGAGAUGCGCAACAAGAUCCGUGAGCAAAAUCUGCACGACAAAAAGACAGCAGGUCCACAGUCACAGGUGCUCACAGGUGCCGUGGUGGACCGUUCUUAUGUGCAGAGAGUGACUAUAUGGCACGAUGCUCCUCUCUCUGACUGUACGGACUCAAUUGAUGGCAUUGACCCUUCAGAGAGCUUUAGUCCUGCUAGGUCUAUUCGAAAGGGGGAGCUAGUGACCGCAUCUAAAGCCAUUAUUGAGAAGGAGUACCAGCCACGUGUCAUUGUCAGUAAAACUGGACCAAACCCCUUCAACAAGCUCACAGAUCAGGAACUGGAGGAGUACCGAAGGGAAGUGGAGCUCAAGCAGAAAGGCACGGAAGCACAGGUUGAAGAGUCGGUCAACACUCAACUCUCAGGCCCUGAGGAAGUCCAGACCCCCUCAGACGUCAAACAGGAGAACGAGGAGACUCAGGCCACCAUGGCUCCACCGCCCUCCAUAAUCCCCAGUCGUGACACCGAAUCCGGGUCUGUGUCGGGUCAAGCUAGUCCAUCAGAUCCUCCCGAGUCCCCUCAUAAGGAGUUCCACUGUGCGGUGCUGAAAGCUCUGGGCUGUGACACGGAGCUGACCGCACUUGAACCCGGACAAGAUAUCCUGGCCGCAGGUCAGACAGAGGAGAUUGAAGAGGGCAAAGUCCCCAGUGCCACCUGCACUCCCCCCAGCUCACCUGUGCGUGUAGAGGAAGAGGCACAACAGGAUCAGACGUUCAAAGACGAGAGUGACGCCGCCACUUUAAGACAGACCCUCCCCGAUCUGACCCCCGACGAAGCCUCUGAAGUCUUCACCCUCCCUGCAGAAGAGCCCACCCCCGGAGAGACAGACUCCACCCCUCAGGCAGAGGGGGAGGGGCCUGUUGCCGGUGACGAUGCAGCGGGAGAUCAUGGCAGUGAUGAAUCGCCCAACAAAUCGCCCUCAAAGAAGAAGAAAAAGUUUCGCACCCCAUCGUUCCUAAAGAAAAACAAAAAGAAGAGUGAAAGCUAGAGAGGAAGAGUGCUCAGGUGUUUGGCAAUACCCUUCUUUGAAUCUUUUUUUUUUUUUUAUUGUGUUUGUUCACAUUUAGUGUGUCUUUGUUUUUAUGAAAGGGUCAGAUUGUUUUUAUUCUUUUAACAGUUCUUUAUUAAUGCUGGCUGACUAGUAAAGUGCUCUUUGCGGCAACGUGCGGCUUGUAAGGCAUGAGCUCACACUCUGAUGUCAUCAUUAUCUUUCCUGUUUUUUUAUAAAGAAAAACAUGAAAUAUCUGAACAUGAAUAACCACUAUAAUGUAUUGGGAAUGUAUCAAAUGUUAUUUUAAGGAAAAAAAAUGAAUUAAUAGAGUUAAAGUUCCUCCUGGUGUUAAAUUAAGAUUGUAACACCGCUGCAUGCUUCAGAUUUAUCAAAUCAUGUCUAUAAACAUUUAAAAAUGGAUGACCCAGAGUGUAACAGCCCAUGUAUUAAUAAAAUACAAAGAGUCACAACAGAUCUCACCUGACCAGGUUCACAAGAGUGCAAAAGACAUAUUUACGAUAUUUGACAUUGAAUGAAUAUUGAAAUAGACUUGUAGUGCUAAGAGAAGAAUCUCUCAAAACUUGACAAGAACAUGUCCAAGUCAUAUUAUACCCCAAAAUAAAAAAAAUAGAUUUUUAUUUUACUUAAAUGGUAGAAAAUUAUGAUAUUAUUUUUUUCAUUGUGAUUUUAAUUUUCAUAACAUUUAAACACAUUUCCCCCCAAAUUCCCAUUACUGUAAUGAAAAGGAAAUUAUGUGUGUGUAUAUAUAUUAUAUAUAUACAAGUUAUUAUUGAAAGUAUUUAUACAUAAUGGUAGUAUUUGUUGUACUGCCUUUAAAAAAAAAAAAAAAAAAUGUAUUUCAGUAAUGAGAAUCAUCACUGAAAAUAAUGGGAAUUAAAAAACAAAACAAAAAAAACACAAAAUCCAGAUGAUGUUUGGUAAUGAGAAUUUGCUUGGAGAAUGUGCUUAAUUGUCAUGAAAAUAAUGUCACAAUGCAAAAAAUCCUUCUGGUCUAAAUCAUCUUCAGUAUCUUAAUGCAAAAUAGUUUUUCUUAUUUUUUUUUUUUUUUUGGUUUCCUUUUGACUUUGGGGUGAAAUGUGACCUGGACAUAUUUUUGUGGAAUUCUCCCCAAAAAUAUCAGUUUCUGUAGAUUUAUAUGUUUGCAUAUGACGUUUGCUAUAUACCACAAAACAUUCUUUUUAAAGGUUGUUUUAAAACUAUAUGUGAGUUUAAUCCUGCAGUAAUAUGAAUUAAAUGUUUGCUUUUAUAUGUGUAUUUUAGUUUAUUUUUUAGCUGUAAACUGUCAUUUAGUUUAUUCUUUCAAAACAAUGUCAAGUAACUUAACAACACUGUUGUAACAACUUUAAAUUGUAUUUCUGACACUAUUAAACAUCCUGUGUAGAAUGACAGACAAACCACUUGCUCUGUAAUCCAGGUUUCAUUCAGCUACUGAUGAAAUUCAUUGAAUCAUUCUGAAUGACCACAUGUAUCACAUUCAGAUGGACGUUUAAAUAGUGUUUCUAUAAGUGAAUCUCAUGUAGAAGUGUCUGACUCAUGUUUUACCCCAAAAUAAAUAUAUUUAGCAUUUAAUUAAA